AACUCUAUCAUUGCGUAGACGAAGCAACCCUGUACGGUGCAGCUGCGAUUUUUAGGUGAAAAAUUCUGUGCACAGUAUAAGCAAUGGCCUCCAUUAACAAAUUAGCACUUUUGAGUCGCACGUUCAGCUCCGCUGCUCAGCAGACGGUGAAGCCGCCAGUGCAGGUGUUUGGACUGGAGGGUCGUUAUGCUACCGCACUGUACUCGGCUGCCUCAAAAUUGAGCCAGUUGGAUCAGGUAGAAAAAGAUCUGAUCGCACUGCAAGCGACGAUUAAGGGCGACAAAAAGCUGCGCGAAUAUGUCACCAGUCCUAUCAUCAAUAAGAAAAUCAUGUCCACAGCCCUGAAGGAGGCUUCUGAGAAGCUGCGCUUUGCCCCAACUACCGCCAAUUUGUUGGGUCUUUUGGCUGAUAAUGGACGCUUGAAGAAGCUGGACACCGUUAUCAAUGCCUUCAAGACCAUCAUGGCUGCACACCGCGGCGAGGUUGUCUGCGAAGUAGUGACUGCCAAGCCCCUGGAUGCUAGCCAAAGCAAGCAGUUGGAGGGCGCUCUCAAGUCCUUCCUGAAGGGCAACGAGUCGUUGAAGAUCACCUCUCGUGUGGAUCCCAGCAUCAUUGGUGGCCUCGUUGUUUCCAUUGGUGACAAGUAUGUGGAUAUGAGCAUUGCCACCAAAGUGAAACUCUACACAGAUGUAAUUCAAUCCGCUGCUUAAACUUGUACGAUGUACGUUGAUUUGUGUAAUAGCGAAUAAACCGCCUGGAUAGAACCAUUAAACGUUUCCAGAUAUUAGACAUGUA